UCGUAAUUGCAGAUCAAUGCAGAGAAAUGGGGAAACUUCACUCGAAACAUGCUGCCGUCUGUAAGCCCCGGGAAAGCCCAGAAGGUGACAGCUUCGCCGUGAGCGCCUCUCUGGCUCGCAGAGGCCUCGAGGACUGGAUGGUGAAGCAGAAACCCUCCGGCGGCGGCGGCAGCUCGGGGCUCCCGCACGGCUGCCCGCAGCGCGCCGCUUGCAGGCUCUCCAGCGCCAGGGAUCUGUCUGGGGAAGGCUACCGAGACACAAUUGGUGAUGAACACUUUCAUCUAGAAGUGGCUUUGCCUCCGGAGAAGACAGAUGGAGUUUGCAGUGGAGAUGAAAAGAAAGUGGAAAAAGAAAGUGAUGCACGGACAGGUUCCAAGAAGCAACUAAAAUUUGAAGAAUUGCAAUGUGAUGUGUCUGUAGAGGAAGAUAACAGGCAAGAGUGGACCUUCACACUGUAUGACUUUGAUAACAACGGAAGAGUCACCCGUGAGGAUAUUACCAGCUUGCUUCAUACCAUCUAUGAGGUAGUUGAUGCAUCAGUAAACCAUUCUCCUAGUUCCAGCAAAACUCUGCGAGUGAAACUUACUGUGGCACCUGACAGCAGCCAGAAGAAAAAGAGUAUCUUGUUAAAUCAUUCUGAUUUGCAGAGUGCCCGGCACAGAGCUGAAAGCAAAGCCAAUGAAGAAGUAAGAAGCUCUGAAAAGAAGCAGCGGGCUUCUGUCAGAUAUCACCAGAGUGAGAACAAUGCAGAGCAAAGUGGGUGCUAUCGUCAUUGUGUUGAUGAGAACAUUGAAAGGAGAAACCACUAUUUGGAUCUUGCAGGAAUAGAAAACUACACAUCAAAAUUUGGGCCAGGAUCUCCUCCAGCAGCUCAGAAGCAUGAUCCACCAAGCAGAGUUGUGAAUCAGACUAGAUCCCGUUCUCAUGAACCUGAAAACUUCCAUGCUCAUCAUAGGAAAUCUCAAGUGGUGGAUCCAAGCUACAUCAAUUUAGCUGAGAGUUCAUACGCCAAGAUUGCAGAAAUCCAACAGAGGCUCCGGAGCCAGGACUCAAACAAGCACUUUGUAAGGUCUCCGAAGGCCCAGGGCAAAAAUGUUGCUUCUGUGCAUCCUGGAAGGGCAGUAAGAAAUAAACCUUUUCAGGGGGCGCCCAUGCCAGUGGCUUCCCCAAGUGCACGGGUGGGCCAGAAUCUUCCUUACCUCCCCUUGCAGUCUCAACAGGUUCACAAGAAGCACAAGCAGAGAGCAAAGGAGAAUCACCAAAUGUGCAAAACUUUUCAGUCUCCCGGGACAGUUGUGGAAAAGGAACAUGUGAGAGACCUGCCCACAGUCAUUUUAUAUGAAGGCCAAGUUGGACAAAUGAUACAGAGACAUGAACACCACCACCACCAUGAGCACCACCACCACUACCAUCACUUCUACCAGACAUAAAACAGAUCCCACCAGCAUCCUCCAGGAAUCAUCCCAUAUGAAGGAAACACUUUCUUGUGGCACCAGAAUUAAGGCAUUACUAUGAUUAAUAUUAUUGAUACUCCAUUAAUAUUCAGCUAGCAUAUAUUUUAGAGAUUAUAUGGAACUCUUGAAACUUACCCUAUUUAUAUGUUGUGGAAUUGCAUAGCUUGCUUAAACAACUUGUGGAUUGAUUUAUUUUUUUUUCUUUCUUUCUUUUUUUUAAGUGGCUUGUAAAACAGCAAACAGCCAUAGCUUUUUGAGCUGUGAUUUAAUGCAGGUUGUCAACGCACUUCUUUACAAGUACUACUUCCACUGUAGUAGAAAAGAUACUUCAAACACUAUUGCAGACAUCUAGCUUACUAGUCUGCUGUAUGUCGGCUGAUCGCACACAAGCCUUUUAUCAGGGGAGCAAUGUUCGAAGGUUUGGACUCCAGAGAUACUCAGAAUAACAGAAAAACAAACAGCUGCUACCUCUAGUAUUAUUCAAAUUUUAUUUUCUUUUUAUUGAUUGUAAUGUGCUACAGGGGGAUUUAAUAUACUGCAUUCAUGUAGCCUGUUUGUGUUCACAUCCUUUCAAACUAUCUUAAUAAUUAGAAGGAAAUACUAGCUAUACUUGUAAACAGAGCUACAUUUGUACAACUUACACUUUAUUUUCUUUGAGAGUCUUUACUGACACAAGUACAGUCUGUUAUAUACUGGGUAAUAUUUAAAUAUACUUCUUUUACUUUUGUUUUUUCUAUUGCUUACUCUCCAUUCUGUUUUGGGAAACCAUCUGAAAAGAGGAGGAUGUGACAUGGGGUUUUCAAAACCAUCACUAGGAUUUAGUGCU